AUGUGGCCUGGCUGUGAUAAGGGUGGAACUACUGUCAAGGCCGACGCAGCUUGCCAUAGCCAACAGGAAACGUUGGCCGAUAUCGAGCACAUUUCGACAAUUGCCGGAUCGCUCGGCAGCAUUGGAACUAUUUCUCAAGGUCCUGACGGAGAUCCUGUCUAUGAAACCGACCAUACUGACCUUAACUCCGAGUACGAUGAAGUGGAGUUGCGCAAGGAACUGAUGAAAGACAAAUGGCGUCAACUUUUCAAUGCGUUCGAUCCGGAAGGCUUCGGUGAGAUUCCGGUUGAUGACUUCAUCGAAGCCCUCAAAUCGCCGGAGUUUCUGGCCAAUGUACCGCCCAACAAGCGGGACAUUCUUUACGAUCGUGCCUUGAAGGCUAAAACCUCCAAGGCGGAAGCGAUCUCGUUCCAGGAUUUCGUGAAUGUGGUCCGGUUGAACGUAUAG